AUGGCCGAUCCUAUCGCUCCCUGGAGAACCGCGGCGCAGGGCCAUUUGACCGCCGAUGCCAAUGGAGAUCCCAAAACAGACUACUCAAGGUGGAGAUUGCUGGACAAUGAUGGUCGUCAGACCUGGCAUUACCUCGAAUCAGAUGAAGAGAAUGCAGAAUGGCCUCAAUCGGUGGCUGACAAGUACUUUCUGGGGCUCCCUACGGGACUUCCUAAGCUGCCACCUGCGAGAACGCCACUACAGUGUGCAGAGAAUGGCCUGGAAUUCUUCUCUAAAUUGCAACUUCCCCCAGGUAAUUGGGCCUGUGAAUAUGGUGGGCCGAUGUUUCUGCUGCCAGGACUCCUAAUCACCUAUUAUGUAACCAACACUCCAAUUCCUCCGGAGUAUGCUACUGAGAUCAAGAGAUAUCUUUUCGCUCGUCAGCACCCCGAAGAUGGAGGCUGGGGUCUCCACGUCGAGGCCCAUAGCUCCGUGUUUGGUACCUGUAUGAAUUAUGUUGCACUGCGCUUGAUUGGUGUCAGUGAAGACGACCAUCGAAUGAUCAAGGCCCGUGGUCUCCUACAUAGACUCGGUGGUGCCAUUUAUGGACCCCACUGGGCAAAAUUUUGGCUUAGUAUCCUUGGAGUCAUGGAUUGGGACUGCGUCAACCCCGUUCCUCCCGAAAUCUGGCUUCUCCCCGACUGGGUCCCAUUUGCCCCAUGGCGGUGGUGGAUCCAUAUCCGUCAGGUCUUUUUGCCCAUGUCUUACUUGUGGUCUAAGAAAUUCACUCAUCCGCUCGAUCCGCUUACCAAGCAGCUUCGAAGCGAGCUGUAUACCGAGCCGUAUGACUCUAUCGACUUCGCAAAGCACCGUAAUUCUAUCCACAAGGCUGACAAUUACUAUCCGAAGACGUGGCUCUUGAACACGAUCAACUCCAUUCUAGUCAAUGUCUGGAAUCCAUACCUGCGGCUUCCCGUACUUGUGCGCCGUGCUGAAGAAUGGACCUGGGAAUUGAUUCGCAUGGAAGACGAAAAUACCGACUACGCAGGCCUUGGUCCUGUGAGCAACCCAAUGAACAUGGUUGCUUGUUACCUCCACGACGGACCUGAUAGCUACUCGGUCCGUCGUCAUCGAGAGCGUCUGAAUGAUUAUAUGUGGGUGAAGAAUGAGGGAAUGUUGAUGAACGGCACCAAUGGUGUUCAGGUGUGGGAUACAUCCUUCAUCACCCAAGCUAUCGUCAUUGCCGGUUUCGCGAAUGAUCCUAAAUGGCGACCCAUGCUCACAAAAGCUCUGGAAUUUCUUGAUAAUCACCAACUGCGGGAGAAUGUACCAGAUCAGGAGAAGUGCUACCGUCAACACCGGAAGGGCGCAUGGCCCUUCAGCAACAGAACUCAGGGCUACACAGUUAGCGACUGCACAGCCGAGGGCCUACGGUCUAGCAUUCAACUUCAAGAGAUACACAACUAUCCUAGAUUGAUAUCCGCACAGCGCUUAAAGGAUAGCGUUGACUGCUUGCUGCUCAUGCAAAAUCCUUCUGGCGGUUUUACAGAGUAUGAGACCACCCGUGCAUCGCCAAAGGUGGAGUGGCUGAAUGCCGCUGAGGUUUUCGGUGGGAUUAUGAUUGGUUACGACUACCCUGAAUGUACCACUGCCUCCGUCACUGCGCUAUCUCUGUUCAGUAAGUUCUAUCCCGAUUACCGAUCCGACGAGAUCAUGGCGGCGAAAGAAAAAGCUGUCAAAUACAUCAAACGUGUGCAGAGGGCAGACGGAAGCUGGUAUGGAUCUUGGGGCAUCUGCUUCACCUAUGCUGCUAUGUUUGCCUUGGAAAGUCUCGCGAGCAUUGGAGAAACCUAUGAAAAUAGCGACUAUUCCCGUCGGGGUUGCGAGUUUCUCAUUUCCAAGCAGAAAGAAGAUGGAGGUUGGGGUGAAUCCUACCUCAGCAGCGAGCGACAUGUGUACACCCAACAUGAGCAAUCCCAAGGCGACAAGGCCCUCGCGAGCUCCGACUUCCCCGGUGCUAUCCGUUACUUUACACAAGCACUAGUCGAACUACCCCGCGCACCGCCAUACUACCUCAAACGAUCGACCGCCUACUCUCGAGUCAAACCGGUAGAUGGAGGCCCCCACUCCCAAGCAGCGCUACACGAUGCGGAGAUUGCUCUAACCCUUGCGCGGGAACGUGGAAAGAGGGAGUUAAUCUUAGCUGCUCAGUUGAGACGUGGUGUCGCAUUGUACCAGCUUGAAAGAUAUGGCGAUGCGAGCUUUGUAUUCGAGAUCAUCCAGGGGAAGACCGGCGCGGGCGCGGGUAAUGUGAACAAAUCAGAAAGGAUGAAAGAUGCUAUGGGUAUGGCCGGUGGUCCUCAAUCCACAUCAAAGAAUGGGUAUGAGCAGGAGCUGCCUAUCUGGAUACUCAAGGUCAAAAGCAAGCUUAAUAAGUUGCCUGAGGGGGAUAACAAGGCUGUUGUUACUAUUGCGGAAUACCCGAGUGGUGUCCAAGUUCCGACCGAGAAGGAGCUUAAGAACCAGUUGGAUACUCUCAAAUCCGGACAAAUUGGGGAUAGCAUCGUCCAGAGUGAGCCUGCCGCAGCCAACAAGACGGUCACAAGAGAAGCUUCGACGUCCAAGACGUCGGAUGGCCAAAGUGGUGCUGCUGGAAGCACCUCUUCUGCAGCUCCUUCCACUGUCCCUCCGUCUGACAAGGUUCGGCAUGAGUGGUAUCAAUCUAAUGAGACCGUUGUUGUGACUCUCUACGUCAAAGGGGUAUCCAAAGAUGGAGUGGACGUGGAACUAAAAGAUGAAUCGGUAUCUCUCCAAUUCCCCCUCCCAUCUGGUGCUGAAUUUGAUUUCACCCUUGAUCCUUUGUUUGCGUCGGUCGACCCAUCCUCUUCCAAGGUCUCUGUCAUGUCUACCAAGAUUGAGCUUGUCUUAAAGAAACGUGCUCCUGGCCAGAAAUGGAGUGCGCUAGAAGCAUCCGCAGUCAACAUUAAGCCUCCUGGUCGUCAGGCUGUCCCGGAUCCAACUCCUGCCAGUAGUUCUGCUCCAGCAUACCCAUCUUCAUCCCGCAAUGGACCCAAAGAUUGGGAUAAGUUGGCGUCGUCGCUUACAGCAAAGAAACUCAAGCCUAAAGACAAAGGCAAGGCCAAGGACGGGGAACAAAAGGGCCCAAAAGCGGACGAUGCUGGAGACGAAUCGGACGGUGCCGACUCGGUUGACUCAGACUUUGGCGGUGGUGACGCCGUCGAUACGUUCUUUAAGAAACUCUACGCCAACGCAGACGAGAAUACCCGUCGGGCCAUGAAUAAAAGUUACUUUGAAAGUCAGGGCACCUCGCUAAGCACUAAUUGGUCGGAAGUAAGCAGAGGAAAGGUGGAGCCUCGUCCACCAAGCGACUGA